UCUGCGCACUCACAUGAAAGAAGAAGCUAGCGGAGGGGAUUAAACUGUAUACGAUCGGGCUUUUUAACCCUCUGCUAAAAGGGAAAAAUUUCUCACUUGCACAUGUAACUUCACACAGCAUACAGCAGAGGAGAGCUAUGUCGCUGCCAGCAGCUGAAUUCCUGGACGAGAUAAGCACGCAAGCAAAAAUAAAGGUGUGACUACAACAGUCUGUGUUUCGGGGUCCCACUGUAGGCCAGUGCGUGUGCUCAUUUGCGCGUCUGUUGUCGUUACAAGUGAGUGGCAUAGCAGCUGGGGGUUGUAACGUGAUGCCAAGAUGCUGCUGUCCCUGGGAAUGCUGAUGCUGUCGGCCACACAGAUUUACACCAUCUUCACCGUUCAGCUCUUUGCCUUCCUCAACCUGCUGCCCGUAGAGGCUGACAUCACUGCUUACUCAUUUGACAACAAAACAGACAACUUUGAUGAUUUGCCUGCAAGAUUUGGCUACCGGCUCCCCAGCGAUGGACUUAAGGGCUUCCUGAUUGGUGCUCGACCAGAAAAUGCGUGCGAGCCCAUCGAACCCCCUCCGAAGGACAACUUGACAGGCGGAUUCAUCGUCCUCAUCAAGCGGUUUGAAUGCAACUUUGACAUCAAGGUCCUCAAUGCCCAAAAAGCUGGCUACAAGGCAGCCAUUGUUCACAAUGUGGACUCUGAAGACUUGAUCGGCAUGGGAUCGAAUGAUGUGGAUAUUAUUAAGCAGCUGGUUAUUCCCUCUGUGUUUGUGGGUGAGAAGACUGCCAACACUCUGAAAGAGGACUACAUGUAUGACAAGGGGGGCCAUGUGGUCCUCCUGCCAGACUUCAGUCUGCCUCUGGAAUACUACCUGAUCCCCUUCCUCAUCAUCGUGGGAAUAUGUCUCAUCCUCAUUGUUGUCUUUAUGAUCACCAAGUUUGUCCAGGAUCGACACAGAGCUCGGAGGAGCCGCCUGCGCAAAGAUCAGCUGAAGAAGCUUCCCAUCCACAAGUACAAGAAAGGUGAUAACUAUGAUGUAUGUGCCAUCUGUCUGGAUGAAUAUGAAGAGGGAGAUAAACUCAGAGUCCUGCCGUGUUCUCAUGCCUACCACAGUAAGUGCGUGGACCCCUGGCUGACCAAGACUAAGAAGACGUGUCCGGUGUGCAAGCAGAAGGUGGUGCCCUCGCAGGGCGACUCAGACUCUGAUUCAGAGGAGGGGGACAGCGGCCCUGAGAACGAGGAGGUAUCAGAGAGCACCCCGCUGCUGCGCUCCCUGGCUUCCACCAGCGCUCACUCCUUCGGCACCAUGUCCGGGGCGUCACGCUCCGAGCACGACCAGGAAUCCUCGGAGUACGAGGACGACGAGCUGGACAGCAGCGACAGCGAGGAGGUGACUGUGGAGACCGUGGUGGUGCAGAUGCAGCAGCCGUGCUCUGAAGGCCACGAGCACGACCUGCCCCGAGCUUGACCGACGUGUCCCCCGGCCUGAUCCCGAUAGGUCGCUGUAACCCCGCCCUGCCCAACCUCACAGGUGCAGAGACUUUUGUUGGGGCACAAUGCAGAUUCAUCCCAGUUCUUCUGUCACUGCUUACAAUACAUUGUAAUUUCCUUCUUAUAAAAUACAAAUCUUAAGUUUUAUCAUGAUUAUGGACAAAGCUUCAGUCUGCAUAUCUUUGGCGCUGCUUGGCAGAUUUGACCAGACUGAUGUACAGUAGGCUGCUAUACUGUACUCUUAUUUAGACAUAAAAAGAUUACACACAAGCGGAAGAGUCCAAAGGUCCCAGACACACGAUCCCGCUUGACACAAAGAUCAAUAAAUGUACUUUGUAUAUAAAUAUAGAUCACAAAUGAUACCUUGCAUUAUUGUAUAUACAUGUCUAUGCUACAGUGACACAGGUUGGACCACUAUGCAGCAUUUGUUUUGUAAAAUUAGCAUUAAGUACAGAAAGAUUUAAAGCCACAGCAAUAUGGUUUGCCAAUUUAUUUCUAUUUUUCUUUUUUGAAGGAGCCUCUGUGCUCCCGUGUUUUGUGCCACAGUUUGUCACAGAGGUUCACACCAAGAGAAACUUGAGUCAAACCGGGGGGGGGGUGCUCUCCAUGUGGCAUCACAUGAAGCUGUGGGUUUCACCAAUUCAGAUUGUGAAAACUGUCCAUUGCCUGUGGUGAACUUCAGUUCAUUUAAUUCAAGCAGUUACUGUUCAGUAGGCCUCGUGGUGCACUCUCAACUGAUAUUUUUAAUAUUGUUUGUAGUAAAUUAAAUGUCUCUUUCCGUAACAUGCUUGAUUUUUCUUGAUAAAUCCUGUUGCCUUUUCAUUUCAUGCAUUUUUUGUUUUGUUUUCCUACUCAUACACAUCUCUGUACAAAUUCACUUCAAUAAAACAUCUGACAAAGAAA